CUCGCUCGUCGGUGCUCCACUCGCGCGAUCUCGAACAGUCUACACACAUUGUCCGUUUCGGUGUAAUCGUCGCGUCGUGUCGUCUCGAGCAUAGGUUUUCGGUUUUUUUUUUAUUCUUUUUUGUUCCGUACUCCACGAACUGACAAUCCGCUUACGUGUAGUUUGCGCGCGUUAUUGUUUUUCCGUACCAACAGCAUCAACAUAGUAUUACCCCGACCGAAGAUGUACGAUUUAUGUCCGUUAAGCCGCCGAUGAACGCGUACUGCACGGUACAUUACGACGUUACAUCUCGCAAGUUGUGGUCUGCACAGCGGCGUAUAAAAAUAUUUUAUAUUCGCACGGGAUCUCGUUCGUUUCGCGGUCGUCGCGCCAUGUACGCCGCCGCGUCGUUCAUACAGUAAACGUUCGUUUUCGUCUUACCGCGGUAAUUAUGGUCGUGAAAUAUUAGCGCCCGCUACAACCGCGUUUAAGUCGCGACCAGUGAUCUGUGCACGUACCUAUACCACUUACUAUUCGCGACGCACGCACACGAGCUGAUUAUCGAUCGCAGGAGAAGACGCGCGGACACGAUCUAUUUAACAUUAACAUAUACGCAGUUUCGUACUUGAAUUCGGUACCAGAGAAACAACAUGUUGGCAGACUAUCCGAUAUCCCGCGUGCCCGGUGGACCACUUUACAACACGUCCGUGGUCCCCGAUUUUCAAAGCGCCCUAACUGGAAAAUCUUGCAAUGAAGGAUGGCCCACAGAACAAGAGAUAAUGGAACAUCCGGGUCUCCGGAACACUCCAUUGGCCAUGUUGGCAGCGCAGUGCAACAAGCUACAGAGUAAAUCACCGCCGCCGCUCGCUGACGCCGCCGUAGGCAAAGGUUUCUACCCGUGGAAGAAAAGCCCGCAACAGCAGUCCAAUGACAUGUCCGGUUCACCGUUGCAACAGCAGCAACAACAACAACAGCAACAGCAGCAGCAGCAACAGCAACAGCAGCAACAACAACAAUGCCAACAGCAACAGAGGACGUCGUCGAGCGCGGGCGAGUCGCCCAGGCCUGUGGUCACGUCCACGUCGUCGGCUCCGUCAACACCCGUGCCACCCGGGGCCGGUUAUCCGCCUCCGCCGCCACCGCACCACGGUAACAUCUAUUUCGGCGGUGGUCAUCAGACGCUGGCCGACAACAACGGCCAUCAUCAUCACCAGAGCCCGUUACUAGGCAAGGUGGACAAUCACAGCGCGCUGUACGGCCGUCAUCCGUACGAGUGGCCGUUCAACUCGAUGGGCACCACCGGACACCACGCGCCGGCCAUCAAAACCGAGUCCGUGAAUCCCGCCUGGUGGGACGUGCACGGAAGCGGAUGGUUGGACAUGAGCGGAGGCAUGCACGCUCAGAUGGCCAACUACGCGGCGCAAUCGGACUACUCGUCGCUGAGCCACUCGCUGGCCGCAUCCAACACGGCGGCCGCUCACCACCUGUUCUCCAACCAGCACUUCUUGCAGGAUACGUACAAGUCCAUACUGCCGGGCGCGCAGGCGUCGUUCGGCCUUGGUCACCAUCUCCACCCGUCCGUCGUCACAUCCUCGUCGUCCUCGUCGUCGGCCACUUCUCCCGGCUCGGCGGCCGCGGCCGCGGUGUCGGCCGCGUACAACGCGGCUCCUCAGACGCCGUCGCCGCGCACGCAGCGCCGGUACACGGGCCGCGCCACGUGCGACUGCCCCAACUGCCAGGAGGCCGAGCGCCUGGGCCCGGCCGGCGGCCAUCUCAAGAAGAACGUGCACAGCUGCCAUAUACCCGGCUGCGGUAAGGUGUACGGCAAGACGUCGCACUUGAAGGCGCACCUCCGGUGGCACACGGGCGAGCGACCGUUCGUGUGCAACUGGCUGUUCUGCGGCAAGCGGUUCACGCGAUCCGACGAGCUGCAGCGGCACUUGCGCACGCACACCGGCGAAAAGCGUUUCGCGUGCCCCGUGUGCAACAAGCGGUUCAUGCGGUCCGACCAUCUGGCCAAGCACGUCAAGACGCACAACGGCAACGGUGGCAGCAAGAAGGGCAGCAGCGAGUCGUGCUCGGACUCGGAGAACAGCCAGAGCGCGGCCGAUGGUACAUCUCCGCAUCACCAGCACCAGCAGCAGCAGCAGCAACAGCAACAGCAGCAGCACCAACAGCAGCAACAACAGCACGUGCAACCGUUGCACAUGGCCGACAUGGUGGACGUGAAACCACCUCUGUCCGUGGGCGGACCCACCGGUCUGGUCCGGUGGAGCCCGGUGGUUAGUUCCGUCGGUUCCGUGGUACCGCUGUCGCCCCCGACGUCGCACGUGGUCCCAUCACCGUUCAUCACGGUGCAACAGCAGCAGCAGCAGCAGCACAAGGACCAGAAGAACUUUUGCUGGACGAACACCGGCAAAGAGCCGAAGAUGUAUCAGGAAAAACUGGAAUGAGCGUCACCUCCGCCGGUGCCGUCGGCGGCCGCGUUGAGCGGUCGGACCACUAGCGGUGGCGGCAGCGGCGGUGGUGCUACUCCUGGCACACAGUU